CUGCUCAGUGCCCAAGGAAUGCGCUCAGGGGAUUGAGCUCAAAACUGGGGUUGGUUGCAGUGCAAAAUCCGCCCAGCGCCUAACCAAUGCGCCCAACGGAUUAGCUCCAAAACAAGGGGUGCAUGCGGUGCAAAAUCCGCCCAGCGUCUCAAACAUGUGCCUAGCGGAUUUUGGCCACAAAGGAAUAG